GUAGAACAUGUCAAAUAAAGCAAGCCUCUCAUCGCGAAAUCAUAUAAUAUAACCAAACAACGAGUGAAACUCGAGUAGUGACGAAGGAUGAAGUCACGAUCUAAAACAAGAUCCAACCAAGAACAACGAGGGGUCCCCACAUGCGACUACAUCCUUCCUACCUAGACAACUCCAUCGUCGUCGAUGUAACCCGGGAGGAGUAACUCGAUGUAGGAUUUGAGCGUCUGUACGAACUUGGUAGUAAUAAUGAGAGUGAUAGGGUGAUGGUAAUGGGGAAGGAGCGCCGUUGUGUAAUCACCAGGUGCUAUGUAAGACAAGUGAUAAACAAGGAUAGAGCAGAAGGAUCAUGGCGUGCAUAUGAGGUGGAACAAGACCAUUUAAACAGUUGAUCUUCCUCUCCUCUCCUUUCUCCUUUACUUCCUUCUCCGCUACCUACUUCCAUCCUCUUUUCUUUCCCUCUCUUUUUCUCCCUACUUGAUCUAAACCUCCUACCUGUCUCCGUCCGACACGUUGAUUAAGAGAAAAGCAGAGCCAUGGUCCCUCCGGAAGCGAAGGGGCACGACAAUUCCGUGCGAGAGCGUGACGAUGCGCAUCUUCAGCGAAUGGGGAAGAAGCCCGUCCUUAAGCGAAACUUUGGCAUUCUUUCCAUACUCGGCUUUAGCUGCACCAUCCUUGGUACCUGGGAAAGCUUGCUUGGUACCUUUACCGGCCCUCUUAGAAAUGGUGGCUCGGGUGGCGCGAUUUAUGCAUUCAUCUUCGGCUGGGUAGGCACCUUUGCCAGUUUCAUGGUUUUGGCCGAAUUGGCCUCGAUGGCACCUACUUCCGGAGGCCAGUAUCACUGGGCAGCUAUGCUUGCCACGCCCAAACACAUGAAGUUCAUUAGUUUCAUCACAGGGUGGUUUACCGUCCUUGGUUGGCAGUGUGCUUUCGCCGCGGUCGCCUUUCUAACAGGGAGCAUGAUCCAGGGCGCGAUAAUACUAGGGAACGACCUAUAUCAUGCCAUGCCAUGGCAUUCAAUGCUGAUUUGUUGGGCUUCGUUAAGUUUUGCACUGAUUAUCAACUUAGUCGGCGGCAAAAUCCUACCCCGUGCUGGGGUGGUCCUCCUAGUCGUGCAUAUUGUUGGCUUCUUCGGGGUCCUCAUCCCACUUGUCUACAUGGCCGAACACAACACAAAGGAGCAAGUGUUCUUGUCUUUCCAUAAUGGAGGAGGCUUUGAGACACAGGGACUAUCCUGGUUCGUCGGUAUGACGACCUGUGCAUUUGCCUUUGGUGGAGGUGAUGCUGCCGUGCAUAUGGCUGAAGAGAUCGCGAAUGCUUCCAAGGUCAUCCCGCAAACCCUCAUGCUCAGCAUCGGGAUUAAUGGUUGCCUCGGAUUCGGCAUCUUAAUCGCCACAAUGUUCUGCACUGGUCCGGAUCUUGGCGGAAAGUUGGGGGGGAUUACUGGUUAUCCCUAUAUGGGCAUCUUCUUAGAAGCGACCAACUCUGUAUCGGGUUCGUUAGCCAUGUCUGCCAUCAUCCUCGUUGUCUACAUCGGCGCGCUCAUGGGCUUGCUUGCUGCCGCCUCUCGCCAGCUCUGGUCCUUCUCUCGGGAUAGGGGGGUCCCGGGAUGGCGAUUGUGGAGUCGAAUCUCCACCUCUAGACAGUUGCCGGUACCCGCCCUUAUAGUCUCAGUGACUAUAGCUUGGCUGCUGGCCAUAUUAGAAUCGGGUCUAAUGUCGCCAUGGAGAACAUCGUGUCUAUGGCAGUAUCGGCCAUCUACCUAUCGUACCUCAUGGUAUCGGUCCUCCUCUUCGUCCGCCGCGUCCGCCGCGACAUAUCCCUGUACAAUGACAGCGAGGACGAAAUUAUCAACGUGCCAGGCGCUAAGCUUGUCUGGGGCCCAUUUCGCUACCCUGGUAUCCUGGGCACCAUCAUUAACGGCUAUGCCAUAAUCUACAUCACUAUAAUCAUCUUCUUCAGUUUCUGGCCGUCCACCAUGGACCCGACGAUCGCGACCAUGAACUGGAGCAUCCUGGCUAUCGGGAGUGCCAUAUUCUUCGCCAUCCUAUACUACAUUUUCCAUGCCCGCCAUGUCUACACUGGGCCUAUUGUGGAAGUUUCGCUGUAGAGAGGUCACCGC